AAUGGACAGGAGUACCCAUAACAUGAGUUCUUCAAUUCAAAGACAACCUACAAGAAUAGAUUUAUCCGUUCCAGAAACACAGGUUAAGAAGUUAAACACUAUUAGAGUAAAGGCUUUUAAACGUCUACCUUCACCUAAACCUAAGGAUUCUUUGCCGGUUCUUGUACAACACCGCCGUCCUUACGACUUAAAAGCGAUUGGAAAAGCGUAUGUGAAAUCGUUAUCACCUUCAGUAUCGGAUGUUGACAGUGGGAAAGGAUCAUCAAUUAUCCAUGAUGAACUUCCCUGGAUAAUUCGACUUAAAAGAAAGCGACGGUCAACUCAAACGUGCAGACCUACACCUCGUACUGUAGAUGAAGAUCUUGCGAAGUGCCUAAAUCGAUGUCUUAAGGUUCAAACUCCUCUUCUAUCCACAAGGAUGGUACAAAGUGAAUUAGGAUUCAGAACAAGUUCCUCCUUGACUUUACCAAGAGUCUUAGGAUGUUCUAGAUUGGGAGAACCGAAAUCCAAUUUAAGUAAAUUUCACAGUGCAGAAAACAUUCGUUUAGCAGGUGCUGUUGACGAAGUACGAGUGAUAAAUUAA